CGCAUUUUCCUGGUGAGCAGACAAAAGCGCGAGUAAGACAUUUUGGCCCCUUUCUUCCGUGGACGGUAAUCUGAAGCAGAGGUGUAAAAGAAAGGAAAACUAGUAUUUUCCAAAGCGAAAAAUGGCGGCUGUCGAAACCAAACCUGCGGAAGUGCAGGAAAACCUUGUCAACGACGAGGAAAAGGAGGAAAUCAACGACGAGAAUGCUGACGAAAAUGCUUCCGACGAGAAGAAGAAAAAGAAGAAACCGAAAAGGCCAAAGAAGUCCGCUGCUGAAAAAGCUGAAGCUGCGGCACUGAGGGAAGCGGUCGCUGAGAAGGAGGCAGCUGAGAAAGCCGCUCGUGAAACGGAAAAGGCAGCUGCAAAGGAAGCCGAAAAAUUGAAGAAACAGCAACAACAACAAAAACAACAGCAGCAGAAAAAAGAAGCAGCUGACGAGGACGAGGACGACGAUGAAGAUGAAGGAGCUGUAGGCGAGGGGGGUGCUGAUGCCGCCAAGAAGAAGAAGAAAAAGCGUAAUAACAAGAAGAAGGUCGCUGGUGGUGCUGGAACUGCUGGUGGCAAACUGGUAGCUCCAUCGGUUCCCAUUGUUGAACAGUUCAAGGAUGGCAAAUACCCCGAAGGAGAAAUUAUGCAAUAUCCGGACGCGACUACGGCAAAGGAUCGUUUCACUAGUGAGGAGAAACGUGCCCUCGAUAGGAUGCACUUGGACAUCUAUAACGAGCUACGUCUGGCUGCUGAAGCUCACAGACAGACGAGACAGUACAUGCAGAAGUGGAUCAAGCCGGGUAUGACGAUGAUCGAAAUCUGCGAAGAAUUGGAAAAUACAGCCCGAAGGCUGGUUGGUGAAAAGGGACUUGAGGCGGGAUUGGCUUUUCCAACAGGAUGCUCGAGGAACCAUUGUGCAGCUCAUUACACCCCUAACGCUGGGGAUCCCACCGUGCUGCAGUAUGACGACGUGACUAAAAUUGAUUUUGGAACCCAUAUUAAGGGACGUAUCAUCGAUUGUGCGUUCACACUUUCAUUCAACCCCAAGUACGACAAACUGCUGGAGGCCGUCAAAGAUGCCACCAAUACCGGAAUUCGGGAAGCAGGAAUUGAUGUCAGGUUAUGCGACAUCGGAGCCGCCAUCCAGGAAGUUAUGGAGUCGUACGAAAUAGAUUUGGAUGGAAAAACAUACCAAGUCAAGAGUAUCCGUAAUCUGAAUGGUCACUCGAUUAGCCCGUACCGCAUUCACUCCGGCAAGACUGUUCCGAUCGUGAAAGGUGGCGAAACGACCCGCAUGGAGGAGAACGAAUUCUACGCCAUUGAAACGUUCGGUUCCACCGGCCGUGGAAUGGUCCAUGACGACAUGGAUUGUUCGCAUUAUAUGAAGAAUUUCGAUACACCGUUUGUACCGUUGCGCUUGCAAUCGUCCAAGCAGCUGCUUGGGCUGAUUAACAAGAACUUCGGAACGUUGGCCUUCUGCAAACGUUGGCUGGACCGAGCCGGAGCCACCAAGUACCAGAUGGCGCUGAAGGAUCUUUGCGACAAGGGUGUCGUUGAAGCGUAUCCGCCGCUGUGCGACGUGAAAGGCUGCUAUACUGCACAAUACGAGCACACGAUCAUGUUGCGCCCCACCUGCAAGGAGAUUGUAUCUCGUGGCGAUGAUUACUAGAGAGGGCUCUUGACGCCGAACGAUUGACCGGUGAAUUCGUUAGGACUUUGUCAAAAUACGGUCGGUUUGCCUCUAUUUGAUACAGUGAAACAAGUUAGUAAGUAUUGGAGUAUCAUUGUUUCGUUUUCUCAGUUUUGAAAUCGUGUCAAACCAAAUGGUUCAAUUGUAACGAAAAUAACAUUUAUUAUUCAAAAUACAUCUAGUGUACACGUUGGUAAAGUA